AUGCCUCACGCAACCCAACAUCCAGCUCUUGCGCUCGCCACCUCUCCCACGAAAACAUCGGUUACGCCGAAUGGUAAAGUCCGAUCUGAUAGCUUUAUGAGCGUUCACGAAAGGAAGGACCUGCAGCAAGCACAUGCACUGAACCCACUCGACCCUUUUGAAGUUGACGGUACACCCGUGAACGAGUGUUCAACUGCAGCACCAUCCGAAUAUGACCUCGAAGAGCUGAGAUCAACCCUCACUGAAGCCAGGAAAACCAUGUAUGCUGCUAUGAAGAGAUACAGCGACCUACACUGGAUCGGCGAGCUUAUUUACGAGCUCCCAAGUUCACCUCAGGUCUAUGCCGUCUCGGAAACACCAGUCGAGGAAUUAGAUCACCCAUCACAGGAGACUCUGGCGAAAGCGCCACUUCCUCGCGCCAAACCAGACCCUGUUUCUUACGACGAAUUCAUCAAGAUGCUGGAAGAUGGAGGCUUUACCUGGCUGCUAGAACACGUAGACAAACUCAACAGCAUGGACGACUUCGCCGUCGCUCUCACUGCCAACCCCGAGCAAAAGCGCUGCAAGGAUAUGCUGUAUGCAUAA